GAAACAAAAAAUUCAUUUUUUCCAUUUAAUUUCCUCGCAAUCAAAUGUUGAUCAUUGAUCGAUUGCUAAAGCAUCGUUAUACAACGUAUCAUCCAUCACCAUCAAAAUAUUUAGCGCAAAUAGAAUGGUUGUGAAGAAGAAAUUGAAAGGACAUUUAAUCAAACAUUUUUUUCAAGUUUGGCGCUUAUUGAUCCUAUCUAAUAAUAAUGCAGGUAUUUUUAAUUUUAAAGAUGCCGAUAAAGAUGAUGAAGAAGAAAAUCAACAAAUCGAUCAUAAACAACGACAAAAAUGUUGGAAUUUACAACAACCAUAUAAAUGGACAAUAAUAAACAUUUUAUUUUUAAUUCUAUUAUCAAUCAUUCAAGAGAUAAUCAUCUUUCAAAUUGGUUUGAUAACAGCACGCUUUUAUUAUGUAUUGUUGUUGAAAGAUAUUUUCAAAUUUUAUACACAAUUAUUAUUCACAAUGAUCCUCGUAUUAUUUAUGUCAUUAAUUAAAUCAUUUCGUCAAUAUGUUUCCACCAUAAUUGAAAUUGAAUUUCGUGAACAUUUAACUAAAUAUUUUGUGGAUAAUUAUUUUGAAAACAAUAAUUAUUACUUCUCCAAUCAAGCAUCAUCAUCAUCAGAUGAAGCUAAUGUCAAUGAUCGAUCAUCAUCUGUGCCAUUAAUAAUGAAAAAUUUAUCCGAUCUGGAUAAUGUUGAUCAACGUCUUUGUCAAGAUUUAUCCAAACUAUGCACAGAAUGUACAGUGUUUAUAUCGAAAUCAGUGAUACUUCCAUUUAUUGUAGCAUAUUAUUCCUAUAAAGUUUUUAUUACUGUUGGUUGGUUAGGUGUUUUAAUUUGUCUGGCUAUAUUUUCUAUAUCGACAUUUGUUAAUCGAUUUUUAUUGAAUUCAAUUGUAAAAUGGACAUAUCUGAAAGAAAAACAUGAAGGAAUUUAUCGUUCCGAGCAUAUUGUCAUUCGAAAUAAAUGCGAACAUAUUGCAUUUGCCAAUAUUGAACAACAAACGAAACAAAAUCUGUAUGGAAAAUUUCGUAAUUUGCUUUCAAUACAUGAAAAUCUUGCCUUACAACAAUUUUAUCUGAAUUUUUUGACAACAAUUUUUGAUUAUUCUGGUUCAAUCAUUUCAUUCAUAAUCAUAUCGAUACCAUUAUUUCAAGGAAAAUAUGAUCAACUAAAUGAAGCCGAACUAAGUCGUCAAAUAUCGGCAAAUUCAUUCAUUUGUUUAUAUUUGAUCAAUUGUUUUAGUCGCAUUAUUGAUAUAACAUCCAAUUUUGCCACCAUCAAUGGUAUUGGUUAUCGUUUGACUGAGCUUAAAUCAGCAUUUAAAAAUCAUCAAUCAUCAUCAGAAAAUUUUAGAAAAAAUGAUGAUUUCAAUCAUGAUGAUCAACAAUUGAAUGCAAAUCAAAAGGAUUUAUUCAUACAAUUUUCCAAUGUUUUAUCAACAGCAGCAACAUUGCCAAAACAGCAACAACAACCAAAUAUCAAAUUACAAAUAUUUCGUAAUGAAAAUUUAUUCAUAAAUAAUUCUCGUCAAUUACCGAUUUGCAAAAUGAUUAAACAAUUAUUACCAUCACCACAAUCGAUAAUAAUCCGAUUGGAUAUUAAAAAAUUGACUGAUGUCAUGUUUAUUAUGAUUGAUUCCAAUUAUGGGGAAUUUUUUCUCAAGAAAAUGCUAUCCGAUCCGAUAAAACGUUCGACAAUCAUAUCAUAUCUAAAUGAAUAUUCAUCAUUAGUCAAUUUUCCAAUUCAAACCGAUCCAAAUGAUGAUAAUCUAAAUGAACAAAUAAAAAAUCUUCUGGACAAACAAAAACAUUUAUUAAAUUUUUUAGUUGCAUUCAUAAUUCGACCAAAAUUAUUAAUUAUUGAAAAUAUAACCAAAUUAUCGUUAAUGGAUAAUUUAAUUGAUCAAAUCUAUCAACAUUGUCGUUUAUUAGGUAUAACAAUCUUAACAAUCAGUGAUAAUCAUAAUGAUGAUGAUGAUAAAUAUCUUCAAUAUCAUCAUAGAUAUUUAAAGAUUUGAUUUUUUUUGUUCGCAAAUAAAAUUAUUGAAUAAAUUU